CAGCCUCAUGGUUUCGUCAAAAUAGGACGGAAGCGGCCUUCGCCCUUCCGAGAGGCCGUAUAAUUUUUUAUGCAAAGUAACGGGCUACCGUUCUCUCUCUCCCUUUCGUUCUUUCUCUUUCUCUCCCUCCCCCUCUCCAUCUCGGAAACUGUAAUUUAGCAGCGGUUUGUAAAGUAGGCGAGAGGUGCGCCUGAUGCAACCGUCCGAUUCGACGCAGCCGCGGCUGCGGACUCACGUACAACGGUGGCCUGAAAGUGGUCCCACAGCGGAGGUGAUAAUUACCAUGUCGGGAAUCGUUUCUACGGGCAUCUCUAAUUGUAACUGUUUGACUGCACGACUGCAAAAUGGAUCAUCUUUCGCAGCGAUGGCAAUAUCAACGAUCCGACGAGCUUCUGUAGGUGGACCAAACGAAACUCGAGCGAUCGCAUCAUCGCGGGUCCUCGAUGGGAAACACGAAAACGGGGCGGCGUCACGUGUAUCCGCGACCUUGACUUGCCUGCCGCGGCAUCGGAACGCUAAGAGGUUUACCUCGGUAAACCCUGGUAUCUCGGGAUACCACUCAGGGUCUCGGUCGAGGGAUUAAGACGGGGUUGUUGAGCAGCAGGACGACAUGGCGGACGGGGCUGUGAUGCUGACGGAGACAGAGACGAAGAAGAGAAAGAAUAAAGAGAGAGAGAGAGAAGACGCGGGGCGAGAAUGAGAAAGGGAAAGGAGACUGUAACCAUACGCCCGUAUAAUUGAUUGAGUCUAAUGAGUUAAAGCGGAUAUGCCACGAUCGCUCGAUGGCAAAAAUUAAAGAGUUCCGUCUGGGUCAUGAAGGCGACAGAGCGGGGCCACGCGGAACCGAGAAAGUAUGGCAACUUGGCCACCUCCCUCUCUCUCUCUUUCGCCCCCUCCGUCUGCGUCCUCUCGCCUCGCUCUCCGCUUCUUCUUCCGGCAUCUCAUUCGGCGUCCACGUCGACCGUCGGCGCGCGGGAAGCGCUGAUUGUAAAUUAGUUAAAGGAGAUGCUUCAUUAGGCGACGGACCGCCUCUCGCGCCUUCUCGAGGGCCGCGCGCGUUUAGCUGUUUUUAAAGGGGCUCGCGGCAUAAUUACCGGCGCUCCUCCGCACGAGCAAUUACGUAACUCCGUAAGAGACGAGAGAUGAAACGAGCUGCGUUUUAUUAUCGGCGGAACGACGACGACGAGGAGUUUUUUCAGUCACGCGAUCACCGGUUUCCACGUUCCGCUGAUUUUUAUUCCCGGCGAGGAUGAGGUCACGGCCGAGAGACGGGAUAUGAAUAAUACGAGCGGGAUACGCGAUAACGAGAAUCGUGCAUGCGCGUAUACUCGAUAAUUAUUACAAGAUAUAUUUAUAGAUCUGCUAUCUUCAUCGCGCGUUCGCGAUGUUCUUUUGACCCAGUGUCACUUUUUUAUCGUGUCUUAUGUAACGACACAUUCAAUACACAAUGUACAUCUGUUA